AUGCCAUACAUCGAGCAGAGCCAUCAUCGCGAGCAGAGCCGUCUUAGGUCGGCCCGGAAUUUAGUAAAUGAAGGAACAAAUCUGAAUAUGGAAUAUAAUUCUGAAAUGACAACUAUUGGAAUGACCAAUUUCAGCAGUACGAAUUGCGACAUUUCCAUUAUUUUGAACGAAAUACUUGAGAAAAUGGAACUUAAUAAUUUGAAGAAUUUCUACAUUACGAAUUCCAAUAAUUAUUUUCUACCCGUAAUCUCAAUAAGGGAUCAUUCCUCGAAUUUUUGUAUCACAUUGGAAGAGAUGACUAAUUUUCUGACCGGCGUUUUUUUAGAAUUCGGAACUUUUCGUGAACAGUAUUGUAAGAUUAGUACUUCAACUAACGAAACUUUUGGAGAAAAAGUUUGUGAAGUUAGAAAUUUCACAUUAUCUAAUUUUGAUGAAUCUUGUAAACGAUUAGUUGGAAAUAUAAUAAUCAAAGAUGGAGAUGAGCAAUAUGUGAACAAAUUAGAGAACGUUACUUGGAUUUUUGGAACUGUCAAAAUUUAUAGUACUGAUUUGACGAGUAUUGAUUUUUUCGACAGCCUAGAAUAUGUGACUAAUGGUCCAGAUGAUCUUCUUGGAAAUGAGACUGGAAUCAAAGUUGUGAGUAAUAGAAAUUUAACGAAUGCGGUUUUUCCUAAUUUAAAGAAAGUCAGAUAUGGUUUUGUAUUUCGAGAAAAUCAUAAAAAAUUUGUGGUGGACCCGAGUGUAUGUCUUGGUAUCCCGAAUGGCCUGAAUAUCACAGAGUAUAGAAAGACAACAAUUGAUGGGAGAAAUUGUGAGGAUUUUUUGAAUUACGCGUCAGCACGAGACAAUGCUUCAGAAUCAAGAAGAUUUGAGUUUCAAGGAAUCGACUGGCCCUACUCCUCUGACUAUUUUUCUUCAAUUGUUCCCCUGUGGAACGCCAUCACUUCCCAAGUUACCCGAUUUCUCCUACCUUCCGAGUUUGAAUCCUUAAUUUCUUCUAGUAUUACUCGUUAUUGA